UAUUGGUGUAUGUCGACAAGGACGCUAACGCCGUGCCGGCAGAUUAUAUAGGGUUUUUAAAACUAGAUUUAUCACUAAAUUACUUGCUCUGUGAUCUUCAUUGAUACACUGUUUAUGAAUGGCAAUGUUUGAAGCGGGUGAAACGGAACUUAUAGACACAGAAGAAAGGAAACCUGUUCGACUUUCUCUUCACUUGAUUGUCAAGCGGCAUCUUCCACCCAAAGCAACAUCUUGGACACAACAACAGAUACUUGAUGCACUGGCAAAGAUUACACGACUCCGGCUAGACAGGGAAAAUAUAGGUUAUGUUGACAGCCUGGACCUACUGAGUGAAAAUGUCACCCAUAUCUAUCUACAACAGAAUCGUAUUGAGAGGAUUAACAACUUUGACUGCUUACAAAGCAUCCAGUUUUUGACUCUGUCUGGUAACCGCAUCUCCACCAUUGAAAACCUUUCACAUCUCAAGAAACUCUUGUUCCUAGAUUUAUCUAGCAACAGCAUUUCUGACUUUGUAGAAGAUGAACUACCAAAGUCACUGGUUUUGUUAAAUCUUUCAGACAAUCCUUGUACACAGCUUGUGGACUACAGAGCCCGACUAAUCAAGUGUCUUCCGAAGCUGAGACAGUUGGACAAUGAAGAUGUUACAACUGGAGAGGAUGAAGGGAUGGAGUCAAAUUCAGAGGAGGAAGAAGAAACAUGUGAUGUGGUAAAAGAUGCCGUGACAUACACACCCAAAAGUGCCAAACUUGUGUGUGGUGAAAUACUUAUGCGAUCUCAGAACCGAAUUGAAGAUCAACUGAAAAUACAUAAACAGCAUUCAAAAGAACUUGAGGAAUUAAAAAAGAAGUUGAAUAUCAGUAGAAAAUAGCAACAUGUCAAAUUUCCUUGGAUGUUUGGGAAUGUUAUGAGUGAUUUGGCACCAAAGAUUGGAGUUUGGUAUUGAUCCGUUAAUGUUGAGGUUCAAAUGGCAUACGCAGGACAUGAACUAUAACGAGAUGUUGGUAAUUGAAUAAAAAAACAAAAUGUGAUCCAUGUGACCGACAUUCUACUUAUCAGUCUAAACAAUCACCCUUUUUAAGUUUGUUCAUUUUACUUUUUACUGGAAGUGAAUGUUUGUAUCACAUUAUUUCAUUAGGUAGCACUAUACCAAAACAUCUUACUAGGUCAAAGUUCAGUGCCAAACUGUUAUUAAAGUAUAGAAUAAAGCCAUGAUGUUGUCGAGAUAUGUGACAGUACUAUUCUCUGUUUUUUUUAAUAAUUCUAACUUCAGUAUUUGAUUUCAUCGAAUGUCAGUAUACCAGGUACAGUACUAUUGUACUUAAAACAUGUUAAUGUGGGUUGCCGCUCGCAUGUUUAUACACUUCCUGUUAUAUCUAAUAUUAUAUCGAAACCACCUCCAAUUAUUUUGAAUAAAUCUCAGGGUAUUU